AUGCGAGUUUUUUUCCCACGGUUGAACAGCGAGACACCUUGCAAUGCCCGAUGGAGCACAAUAUCCGGUAUACUCAAUCAAACUCAAACCAUCAUAUCGACCAUAACAGCGACAGUAGCACUUGCGUACCUCUUCCCCGAUAGAAUUCUGUCAUGCAACCUAGAUCAACAAUGGCAGGUGUUCUUCCAGUCGAAGAAUUCGCACGCUAUCCGCUCAAUCCAAGAUGAGUUCCGAUGCUGCGGUCUUAGAAGCCUUCGUGACAGGGCAUGGCCAUUCAAAGACCGAGACCACGGGGAUAACGCGUGCCAGGUGCAGCUGGGAUAUCAGAGGAGCUGCUUUGUUCCUUGGAGGGAGCACCAGCAGAGUACGUCUUGGAUGGUUUUUGCGGCGGCGGUUCUUGUUUUCGCAGUCAAGAUCGCUUUCAUUCGGCUUUCCGGCGAUCGAGCAAGCUGGAUGAGCGCACGAUCGACCAACAGGAGGCCUGAUUACCAGCAGAUUUCACCCCCAGGGGCACAGGACGAAGGAGACAGCGAGAACGGUGUUUCCGGGGAGACGCGGAGGACAUUCUUACCUCAGUCUAACACCGAGUACAGAAACGACUGGGAGAUAAACUAA